AUGCGUGAUCUGCAGACGUCCAGCCAGAAAUCCUCGCACGAAGAGCUCCAGCAAAAAGUCUUCCCUCUGGGGACACGACACCAUCUCCGACUGAGCCAGGGAAGUAGCAUCACGUCCUUGGACUUUGACGAGCUGCUCUUGAGCACGAAAGAACCCUUCACGCAGGAGCCAGGUGUCCCCCCUGAGGAGCCUGAUGCCGAGCCCGAAGGAGAGGCUGUGCCCGCCUUCCUGGACCAGAUCCAGCAGCUAAGCCCUCCCAAGGAGGAGACUAUAGACCGAACAGAGUCCGAGGGCAGCGACGAGGCGGAGGAAGACAGAACCCCUCUGGUGGUUCUGGACCCAGACCACCCCCUGAUGGUAAGGUUCCAGGCUGCCCUGAAGAACUAUCUCAACCGACAGAUAGAGAAGCUGAACCUGGAACUUCAAGAGCUGGGCGCGGCCACCAAGCAAAGCCGGGUCCAGCGGCAGGAGCUGGGGGUGCAUCUGUACGGGGUCCAGCAGCACCUGGCCCGCCUGCAGAUGCAGCUGGAGAAGAGCCACGACCGGCACUCGAUGGCCGCCUGCGCCAGGCGACAGAAGGAGGAGGAGCUGCGGGCUGCGCGCCAGCUCUACGCCCAGACCUGCCAGAACGCCAACGGCGAGCGCAAGAAGCUGGCGGCUCUGCAGGCCGAGCUGGAGGGCCUGGCUCUGCACCUUUUCUACCUGCAAAACAUAGACCAGGACGUGCGUGACGACAUCCGCGUGAUGAAGCGGGUGGUGAAGAAGUCGGAAGUGGAGCGGACGCGGGCCGAGUUGGAGAAGAAGCAGCAGGACCUUCACGUGGACCAGCUCACCACCAAAGCCAACCAGCUGGAAGACCAAAUCGCCCUGUUGGAGGCUCAGAGCUGCGCCCAGGCCGAGGACACCCGGGCUCUCAGGAAAGCAGUGAGCGAGGCCUGCACGGAGAUAGACGCCAUCCACGUGGAGAAAAGGCACAUCGUGCAGCAGUGGGUCGCCUGCCUGGUGGGCAUGAAGCACCGGGACGAGGCGCACAGGACCAUCCGGGAGGCGCUCAGCGAGUGCCAGCACCAGAUCGCGUCCAUCGACGGUGAGAUCGAGGCCUACAAGAAAUCCAUCGUGAAGGAGGAGGAGAAGAAUGAGAAGCUGGCCGGCGUCCUGAACCGCACGGAGACGGAGGCCAGCCUGACGCAGAGGCUGACCACGCAGUGCCUGGCCAAGCAGCAAACCCUACAGAACGAGUUCAACACCUACCAGCUGGUGCUGCAGGACACCGAGGCCGCGCUGGGCCAGGCCCACGUGGAGUACGCGACGGCCACGGGCGAACUGCAGACCGUCCACCAGACCAUCCAGAGCGAGCUGGAGGAGAAGAGGAGGACAGAUGCCUCCGUCGCGGAGAAGCUGCAGGAACACAUUACCUCCAACAAGAUGACCAAGUGCUUCCACAAGCUCAUCCUGAAGCUCCAGAAGGAAAAGACCAACCUGGUGACACAUCUCUCCAAAACUGACGGCAACGUUGCCCAGACCACCCUGGACAUCACGAACACCAACUGCAGGCUGGACGCCCAUCAGAAGACUCUGGCCGAGCUAGACAAGGAGGUGAAAAAAGUCAAUGACCUCAUCACCAACAGCGAGAACGAGAUCUCCAGGCGCACGAUCCUGAUCGAGAGGAAGCAGGGCCUCAUCAACUUUUUCAAUAAGCAGCUGGAACAGAUGGUCUCCGAGCUGGGGGGAGAAGAAGUGGGGCCUCUGGAGCUCGAAAUCAAGCGGCUGACCAAGCUGAUCGAAGAGAACAACAGCAGCGUGACACAGGCCCAGGUGACCUGGCUGCGCCUGCAGCAGGAGAUGGUCAAGGUCACCCAGGAGCGGGAGGAGCAGCUGGCUUCCCUGGAUAUGCUCACGAAGGAGGUCCACAUCCUGGAGCAGAAGAAACUGCGCAUAGAAAACAAGAUCGAUCAGGAGAAGAAGGAGCAAAGGGAGAUUGAGUGCCACAUAAGGGGCCUGGAAAACGAGCUGAGGAAGAUCAACGUGCUGGCAAACAGGAGUCGGUGCAGCUCCGAGGAGCUACAGCAGGACAACCUGGUGACCGAGAAGGACUUCGUGGGCUCCCUGAAGGCCUCGGAGAGGGAGACCAUCGAGAUGCAGGAGAGGUUGGACCAGCUCCAGGAGGAGAAGGCGGCCAUGCUGAACAGCCUGGUGGAGGCGGAACACCAGAUCAUGCUUUGGGAGAAAAAAAUCCAGCUUGCAAAAGAGAUGCGUGCAUCGGUGGAUUCCGAGACGGGCCAGACGGAGAUCCGAGCCAUGAAGGCGGAGAUCCACAGGAUGAAGGUCAGGCACGGGCAGCUGCUGAAGCAGCAGGAGAAGAUGAUCCACGACAUGGAGCUGGCCAUCGCCCGCAGAGAGACCAUCUCCACCCAGGCCGAGGGGCAGCGCAAGACGGACAAGAAGCUGCUCACCCGGACGGACUUCCACCGCAAGCAGACAGAGCUGCGACGCAAGAUCAGGGACGUUCACAAGGCCACCGAGGAGUGCACCAAAGCCAUCUUGGAACUGGAAGAAACGCAAAAGCACAUGAGCAACUCCCUCCUGGAGAAGCAAGAGCAGCUGUCAAAGAUGCAGUCCAGGACCGACGAGCUCGAGGCCAGCCUGGGCCAGCUCCUGGCCCUCAAGCAACAGAACCUCUCGGAGCUGGUGGCCCUGCAGACGCGCCUCAAGCACCUCCAGGCGGUGAAGGACGGCAGGUACGUGUUCCUGUUCCGCUCCAAGCAGUCGCUGCUGGCGGAGCACAAGCGCUUGGACAACCGGCUGGCCGUCAUCAGCACCAUCCUCCACCACGUGAAGGACGAGUACCCCCAGUUCCAGGAGGCCCUGCUCAAGGUCAGCCAGAUGAUCGCCAGCAAGCUCGAGCCAUCUGGGUCCUCCUAG